UCCUGAGCGGUAGCGCGAGCUCAGUACAACGAAGAGAACCCAGCGAGUUCGUAUCGCGCGACUCUAGCAAAGGGAGAGAAAGAGAAAGAAAGAGAGAGCCUGCACCUUAAAAUCAGCGCUUAUAUCCGGAGAGGGUCGCCGCAGCCUGGAGGGGGAACGAGGGAUUUGAUCUGCACCGUUAUUUUUUUCUUUUGUGUUUUCUUUAUUUCUUUUCUGGGGGAAGGAUUGUGAGCGUUUGCGUGCAAAGAUGAUGGUCGGGGAGAUGGAGGUGAAGGAGAGACCGAGGCCGAGUCCCGACUAUCUCAUGCAGUUAUUGAACGAGAAGAAGCUCAUGACGAGUUUACCGAACCUGUGCGGCAUCUUCACACACCUGGAGAGACUCUUGGACGAAGAGAUAACCAGAGUGAGGAAGGACAUGUAUAACGACACAGUGAACGGUCUGGUGGACAAACACCCCCUGGAGUUACCAGAGCCAGUGGGACCCAUCGUACAUCUACAGGAGAAACUCUUCGUACCAGUCAAAGAGUAUCCAGAUUAUAAUUUUGUUGGGAGAAUUCUUGGCCCUCGUGGACUCACAGCAAAGCAACUGGAGGCAGAGACUGGCUGCAAGAUCAUGGUUAGAGGGAGGAGCUCCAUGAGAGACAGAAAGAAGGAGGAGCAGAACAGAGGGAAGCCAAACUGGGAGCACCUAAAUGAAGACCUGCACGUGCUGAUCACAGUGGAGGACACACAGACACGUGCCGAGAUCAAGAUGAGAAGAGCUGUCGAAGAAGUCAAGAAGCUACUGGUGCCUGCAGCGGAAGGAGAAGAUAAUCUAAAGAAGAUGCAGCUUAUGGAGCUGGCCAUUCUAAAUGGAACAUACAGAGACACCAACAUCAAAACACCCACCCUUGCGUUCUCUCUUGCAGCAGCGGCAGCAGCUGCUCAAGGCCCGCGUCUGAUCGCGGCCCCUGCGGGUCAGGUCCUCCCCCCGUCCGCCCUCAGGCCCCCCACUCCGGCAGGGACCCCCAUCAUGAACAUCAUUCGGCCCACUCAGAUGGCCACUGUGCUACCCAAUGGCACCCCUACCCUGGUGCCCCCGACGCCCGACGCGGGCAUUAUCUACACCACGCCCUAUGACUACCCUUAUGCCUUGGCACCCACGUCUCUGCUGGAAUAUCCUAUCGAGCACAGCGGAGUCCUAGGUAAGCGGGCGUGGGGGCUUGGGACUUGCCCCUUCGGUGUCCCGCAAGAGGGUAUUGCCGGGUUGUUUUACGGGGGCAUGUUGGAUGGGUCGUCACCCGGCCCAGUUCAGGACUCACUGAAAGGUGCAAUGGCUACUAAAGUGCGGAGACAUGAUUCACGGGUCCAUCCUUACCAAAGGAUAGUGACCACAGACAGAGCCGCCACCGGCAACUAACAAAUGACCUCUGAACUCUUCACCCAAUGAUGAGCCGCCCAAGCCUGCCUGCUGAUCAGAUUAACUGGUAAUUGCCUUUUGCUAGCCUGGUGGACGCAGAGAGAGAGGCACCUGUCCGAGCAGUGAUCCUAACAUAAACCAACAUAAAACACAACAACCCUCCAUACCAACACACAUUGUGUAGCGAUAACAACGAUGAUACUUUAUUAUUUUGUUUUUGUUUUUACUAUUAUUUCUUUCUUUUUCUUUUAAAAUCUCAAAUGACUGGGUGGAUGUUAACAGUGAUAUUGUGUUACCCGAAAAUCUGCACUAAAGUUUAAAAGCAAUAAAGAAGCAUCUUUUGCUAAUUCAGCCCUUAAAUGAAUUUAUACUCAAAGCUCCAAUAUUUAAAAAAAAUGAGAAAAAA